UGUCGAGAAAACAACAUUUGCGCUGAUCCCGAAGGAAGCACCAAAAGAUCAGCCGCUCGACAUGAAUAAACUGCGGUAUUUGCAAGUGUCUGCUUUGCGUGAGAAACAGGCAGCUACGCCUGGCAGUGACGGUGUUGGCACUCGCGUGACACUGACGCAGGAGGAGCUGCAGCAUGCCGGUGACAGUACUAAGAAGUCGCAGAUCAUCAGCUACGCGAACUUGUCGAAAGCGUUGAAAAACUGCGACGUGACCAGUCGUGGGGCGAAAAACAAAAAGGCGCUCGCCAGAACUACAGAUAGCGCACCGCUGCCAUCGACGAAGAUGAAAAUCUGGACAGAACAAUACGACGUCGAAACGGUUGGCAAGGCCUCUGUAGCUGCUGUGCGAACUACUAGCGAGGACUCGCCGCACACUUCUUACGGUGCGCUGGAAGAGACGACGCACAACACUGGCUACGUGUUCGCCGGGCUUCCGGUUCGGGGACUGCAAACCAACUGCUCCUUGCACAUCCACGGGCUCUUCGACUUGUCAACA